UUUGAUACGAUCUCCCUGUUUUGAGCCAUUACAUUUUGGUAUGUUGCGAAAGGGAGAAAAAAGAUGAAUCACUGGGUGAAGCAUCUCCUUCAGUGCCUGGAUAAUAACAUUUGAUGCAGCUCCAGCUGAGAGUCACCCUUCCUUCACCAAAGUGACUUGGACUGGCUCUGUCAAGGAGGAAGAUCGACUCUCAGACUUCAGAAGGACAGGAUCCAAACUGCGUUUCAAAGGGACAAGAGAUCUUUCUACAACAUGGAGCAACUUUUCCUGGUUCCUAUCCUUGUUUUCCUCCAUGCUGAGAUCUCACCAGCCUCGACUGCAGGAGAACAGCUAAUUUCCGCCCAACUUUCUGUGAAUCCAAGUUAUCGUCAGUAUUAUGAAGGUGACAAUAUUGAUCUCAUUUGCACUGCUAAGAUCAACAAGCCGGUGAAAGGAUAUAGAUUUUUUAACGAGAGCAAGGCUGUGAUACAUGAAAUGGACUUAGAUGGCUUUGGGAAUGGCUGGCUGCCUGUCAAAGUUCAAAAGGAGAAAGCUGGAAAAUACAGCUGCGGUUACUGGACAGGGGAGAUUGACAAAGAGGUCCGAUCGCCACAAAGCAAUAUAAUCACCCUGCAAGUGACAGAGGCCCCUAAAAAGCCAUCCCUUACAUUGAAUCACACACUCCCGCAGUACAAGUGGGGCGAUUCUGUGAACUUGGUGUGUUCAGCUCCAAAUGAAACAAAGGACAUCAAGGAAUUCCAGUACUACGGAGACAGACAGACGAUCCAAGCCAUAAGUGUGGAUCUUGUUACAGACACAUACAAUCUGAACAUCAUAGAACCAAAGGACACAGGGAACUUCAUGUGCGCCUAUAUCCAGUUAAUUUCUGGGCGAAAUGUCCGUUCUGAGAAGAGCGACCCUGUCUUUAUUGAUCCAGCAGGCACCAAUUGGGGACGGAUAUUGGCCACUGGUGGGGCUUUCUUCACCAUCAAUGGUCUCAUCUUUUUAACCACCCACUACUAUUUCCUGCCAAAGGCAAGUGAGAUUUUCUAUAGAAGCCCUGUAACUGAGAGGUUUGGGAGCUUUUUCACUCCCGCACCAAAGAGAAAGGACGUUCGUGCAAGGUUGGCCCAAGAUAUUUUGGUGCCAGAGGUGGAAAGCCAAACACUCGUGCAUAAUAAUUAAUGAAGGGCAAGGUGAACUGAAAUGAGAAAGAACAGUGUGGUUGUUUUCAAUGGGGCUUACACUGGAGACCUUCUCAGAGACAAGGUGGCUCAAAGUCUUUUUGCCAUCCAAGCAGGGCCAAUGCUUGUUGCAAGAACAAGUUAGUAGGAUGAGAAGGUCAAGCUAGCACUACAAAAAUAUAACAAAAUUAGAUGUGUUUAUUAUAGAGUGUACACAAAAGCAACAAUUUAAAAAUUUUAAAAAGAUAAAAGUCUAAA